AUGACGGGGAUGGCUCCCCAAUUUGUAAAUAAGUUUUUAAAUUUGUUAUCAGAAGUAUGUACUUGUAUAAAGAAAUGUAACUGUAAUAUUUAUGAUACUACCGCUGCACCAGCGUCUCCCUUGGAGUGUGGCCCCGGUGAGACAAACACUAGGGUGCUUGAUUCUGGUAAAACAAAAAUAGAAAAACAUGUGUCAUUCAAGAUCUCUUCUUCUUCUUCUUCUUCUUCUUCUUCUUCUUCGGAGCCACCCUUUCCCGAAAUCCCAAGGUGUGUGUUGAUGCGCACAUAUUUAUUCCAAAAGGAGAUCCGUUUAGACGUUGGCGUGGAAAACCUUGCCAGGGGCAAAGUACACUCAACGAGCGCACUGCUUGAUUCAGGCACUAACGGGAUCUUCAUAGAUCAGGUCUGGGCGGAGCAAAUUGGACUCCCCCUUGUAAAAUUAGAAAUGUCUAUUCCCGUCUAUAACGUUGACGGUACGCUUAACGCAGGUGGCUGUAUUACACACAAAUGUUCUUUUGUGGUCGAAUACCAAGGACACAGAGAACGAGUCACUGCCGAAGCUACCCAACUAGGGAAGAUUAAUUUAAUCUUAGGCUGGACCUGGCUAUUUAAACACAAUCCUGAGAUCAACUGGCAGACAGGGGUUGUCACAUUGUCACGUUGUCCCCAGGAAUGUGUAAACUUGGGUAAACCAAAUCAUGUCCGUCACAAUGAGCGUCUCGAAAAGUUAAACGCUAGUCACGUUUACGAGCUCAGAUCUUUAGAAAAGAUCGACGAUGACGAUGAUGAGGUAAAACCUGAGGAAGAGAUUAAGAGGCUGGUACCUCCCGAGUACCACGACUUCUGGAAAGUCUUUUCGAAACACAAAUCAGAGCGCUUCCCAGAGGCUAAGCCUUGGGACCAUGCUAUAGAUUUGAAAGACACCUUCAAACCAAGGAAGGGACACAUGAUACCGCUCUCUGCUCCCGAAAGAGACGAGGUAUCUAGUUUCAUAGACGAACAACUUAGGAAGGGUUACAUCAGACCUUCCAAAAGUCCUAUGACGUCCCCGGUGUUCUUCAUUCCUAAAAAGGAUGGUAAAAAGCGAAUGAUUAUGGACUAUCGUUACGUAAAUGAGCACACGGUUAAAAAUGCGUAUCCUCUGCCUUUGAUUAGUCAGCUAGUGGACAAAUUGGCUGGCGCCAAGAUUCUGACUAAAAUGGAUCUCAGAUGGGGGUACAAUAACGUACGAAUCAAAGAGGAAGAUGCUUGGAAGGCCGCGUUCACGUGCCACCGAGGAUCUUUCGAACCCCUUGUUAUGUUCUUUGGGUUGACCAAUUCACCAGCGACCUUUCAGAGCAUGAUGAAUGAGAUCUUUGCGGAUAUGGAAAACUGUGUCGUCAUUUACAUUGACGAUUUAUUAAUAUUUACAAAGUCGGACGAUGAGGCUGAGCAUGACAAGAUCGUGCAAGAAGUCCUUCGACGCUUACAGGAACGGGACCUAUUCGUCAAACCCGAAAAAUGUAAUUUUAAAGUGAAGGAAGUAGACUUCCUUGGUAUGAUCAUAGGCCAGAACGGAAUCAGGAUGAACCCUGAGAAAGUUCAAGCUAUUUUGGAAUGGCCAGAACCUACUCGCGUCAAAGGGGUUAGGGCUUUCCUAGGCUUAGGCAAUUUCUACCGAAGGUUUAUUGAAAACUUUGCAAAAAUCACGAGACCGUUGAACGAUCUCACCAAAAAGGACCUUGUUUGGCAGUGGGGCGCCAAAGAACAGGAAGCUUUUGAUAAGCUUAAACAGGCAUUUACAACAGCACCCAUAUUGGCAUUCCCUGAAUUAGACAAAGAGUUCCGGCUAGAAACCGACUCUUCUGACUUCGCCACUGGGGCUGUUCUAUCAAUCAAAUGCCCUGAUGAUCUUUGGAGGCCUUGUGCCUAUUUAUCGCAUAGUUUGUCGCCUACAGAGCGCAACUAUCAAAUAUACGACAAGGAGAUGCUGGCCAUCAUUAGAGCUUUAGAGCACUGGCGGCACUACAUAGAAGGUGCUAGGCACCAAUUCGAAAUUUGGACCGAUCAUAAGAACCUGGAGUACUUCAUGACGGCCCGAGACCUGAACCGGAGACAGGCCCGCUACGCGGUGUACUUGUCAAGGUUCAAUUAUAAAUUAAUUCAUAAGCCAGGAAGCUCAAUGGGGAAAGCGGAUGCUUUAUCUAGAAGAGAGGAUCAUGCCAACGGCAUUGAAGAUGACAACAAAGGUGUCACCCUGAUAGAUCAAUCAAGGGUUGCCAAUGUUAGAAUCGGGCAAGAUUCCGACCUCCUAGAAGUCUUCAGGAAAGACAUCUCCCCAGAGGAAAAGGCACGCCUUGACGGCAAUGAAAACUAUUUAUGGAAAGACGGGCUCUUUCAUUUCAAAAACAAAAUCUAUGUGCCUGAGUCCGCAAGGAUCAAGGCAAUAGAUAGACAUCAUGAUACUCCAGUGGCUGGGCACCCUGGAUGGCAACGAACGAUGGAGUUGAUCUCCAGAAACUACAUGUGGCCUGGCAUGGUCAAAGACAUACAGGAAUAUGUAAAAUCCUGUCUGAGAUGCGCCAUGGCCAAGAAUUCCCAUCAACCGCCGGCGGGUAAACUCAUGCCGAACCCGAUACCAGCUGGCCCCUGGCAGGAUAUAUCGGUGGACUUCACGACAGAUCUGCCCGAGUCAAACGGGUACGAUUCAGUAAUGGUGGUAGUAGACCGCUUCUCCAAAGAAGUGGUAUUCAUACCCACCAACAAAACCAUCACCGCUGCCGGUACGGCAGACCUAUUUAAAGAUUUCGUAUGGUCAAUCCAUGGGUUACCAGAAACGGUAAUCUCCGAUAGAGGACCGCAAUUCGCUAGCGAAUUUACGAAAGAAUUAUGCCGGAUGCUGGGCAUCAAACCUAAAUUAUCCACGGCGUUCCAUCCGCAAACCGAUGGACAAACGGAGAGACUCAACCAGGAGUUGAAACAGUAUCUCCGGAUAUUUAUUAACGACAGACAGACAGAUUGGGCCAAGUGGCUAAAGAUAGCCCAGUUCUCUUAUAAUAUUAAACAGUCUUCGGCUACAGGAAGGGCACCAUUCGAGGUUACUAGAUCGUACCUCCCCAGAAUGGGUGUAGAACCUGGCAAAAGCAAAAACGAGGCUGCUGGGAACAUGGCAAAAGACAUGAAGUCUGUCUUGGACGAAACGCGCAAAGCGCUAUUUAAAACUGCGGAGCAGAUGAAAGACAGGGCAGAGCGUAGACGCUCUAAGGCCCCUGAUUACAAGGUCGGCGACCUGGUCUGGUUAGACACCGACCACUUGAAAUUAAAAGACCGGCAGUCUAGAAAACUGACCGAAAAGUGGAUUGGCCCUUACUGGAUUAAGGAAGUCAAACCUAAUGCGGGACCGCUGCCGGGACAGCGCGUAGACCGGCCCGGUCCGGUAGUAGUCACCCAGGAAGGUGAAGAAGAGUUCGAAGUCGAACGGGUGGUAGAUGCACGCUUGAAGCGUGGAAAAUUAGAGUUCCUGGUCCUUUGGAAGGGCUACGGAGACGAGGACAGAACGUGGGAACCAGAAUCCCAUCUGGAAAACUCCCGCAACGCUGUUCGCGAAUUUUAUUCUAGGAAUCCCUCAGCUCCCAGGAAGCUUAGAGGCAUGGAUUCAAACCUUUUUAAUUCCCUCUUUCAACCUAUGCCCGAAAAUUUUACCACUACCUCCGGAAUUUGGUCUCGCCUGGAAGUCGAGCCUUAG